AUGCACGCCCUGCCGCCCUGCAAGAUCUCCACGGACGACGAGGGCAGAGAGAGGUGGAGCGGUGCAUUGGCUGGAGGCGGCCGCAUGCGGACCUGUGGCGAUGCAUCUGGCGCAGAGGAGGACCUGGGGCUCGAGACCCACGCGGCGCAUCACGUGAUGACGCGUCGGUCGGAGCCCAGGAUCGAGAAGUUUGGAGGCGAGGAGCUCAGGGUCGCGAGGGGCAGCGGCUUGGUGGACCUGCUAACGAAGGCUUGCUCCGAGGAGGGCCCGAACUUCUGCAAGCACCCGGCGCUGGCGGAGCUGCGCGCGAAGGCGAGAUGA